AAUUGUGUGUGUGUGUUUGGGGGGGGGGGGGGGCGGAUUCUGGGAAAUUCGUCGGGUUCAUCUCAAAAUGAUGUUCCUUUCUGCAAGUUUCACAUCGAGCUUAGUGGAGUCCAGAGUCCAAACUGAUGUGGUUCCUGUUCAAACCCCGGAGAUGUCCUACCAUUGCUGCAGCUGCCACCUCCUCCAUCUCCAAGGACGGUGAUUGUGCUGCCUUCCUGCCUUGGCUGCGCAGCAAGGCAGGAACCUGCAUUUCCUCUGUAUUAUCUCUUGGAACCUCUGCAUUUGGAAGGUCAUUAUUUGCAUCGGAGCCCAUUCAAGAGGGAGACUGCCUAAUGCAAGUGCCUUACCACGUCCAGCUUACCCAAGAUAAACUUCCUCAACAAAUCCGCACCCUACUUGCUCAUGGUAUUGGAGAUACGGCCAAGCUUGCUGUGCUGCUCAUAAUGGAGCAACACUUGGAACUUGAAUCAAGAUGGGCUCCGUAUAUUAAAUCUCUUCCCACCAAGGAUCAGAUGCAUAACAUGAUGCUCUGGGAUCCAAAUGAGCUCAAUAUUGUCAAAAACAGUUCAAUUUAUGAUGAAGCCAUUGAGAAGAAGGAACAAGCCAGAAAGGAAUUUUCAGCACUAAAACCAGUUUUUGACCAUUUUGCACAUUUGUGUGGAGAAGUUAAUUUGGGGGAUUUCAUGUAUGCUUCUGCUCUGGUUUCAUCUCGAGCUUGGCAGACUCCAAGAGGGUUAUCAUUGAUUCCAUUUGCAGAUUUCCUCAACCAUGAUGGUGUUUCUGGCUCUGUGUUACUAUAUGAUGAACAGAAAGAUGUAUGUGAGAUCGUUGCUGACAGGAAUUAUGCUGUUGGCGAACAGGUGAUGCUAAGAUAUGGGAAAUACUCAAAUGCUACAUUGGCGCUUAAUUUUGGAUUUACACUCUCCAUAAACAGAUAUGACCAGGCACUUAUUCGGAUAGAUAUGCCAGUUAAAGAUCCACUAUACAAGUAUAAGCUUGACAUAUGGCAAAAGCAUAGUCUUCCAAUAUCCGAGGAUAUGUACAGUUCAAGCGAUGCUACUUGUUUUGUCAUAAAGGAGGUUAGAUCUUCUCGAAGGAAACGCAUGGGGAUUCCUCAGAUCUUGCGUGCAUUUUUCCGGGUUUUUUGUGCCAUGUCACAUGAAGAACUUGAAGAGAUGGUCAUGGAGGCUGCUGAAAGUGAUGGUCGGCUUGCCAGAUACCCGUUGAAGAAUAUGGAGAGAGAAAUCCAUGCUCACCGCUGUUUGCUCUUGCAUUUUGAUAACACGAUUCAGUGCCAUUCUACAGCUAUUGAGCAACUUGAAAUUGUUGAUGACCCUGCCUCUAGGAGCAUGCAUCCAUUCAGAAAAGAAAUGGCAAAAGAACUACUUAUCGGCGAGCUCCGGGUUUUGCAAAGUGCACAGGCAUGGGUUUCAAAUUAUUGUGAAACAAUACAAAGUUCAGAAUAAUCUCACCCAGCCAAUGCUACUUUGACAGGAGAAACAGAAAAAAAUAUUUACUAUAAACCAAUCAAGCUCUGCAUCAAAUUUGAAAAAUACUUUUCAACGAAUACUCAGUGAAAAAAGAUUCAUGGUAAAAAAACA